UGAAGUGAAGCGAUAUGUUUUUGUAAGAAAAUUAUCCAUAUUUAAGUGUAUUUAAAUAUGCAUUUAAUCCAUAUAUUAUAAAUCCAUAUUUAAAAUACACUUUUUACAUUUAUUUUUAAACAUCUCAGUUUUGCACAACUUAAUGUAAGCAGCAGAAUGUUCAAUCAAAACAGUCUCUGAAUCAUGUUUCAUAGAAUUAGGCAUUUCUGAUUUGAUUUGUUUUGAUUAAAAAAUUAAUUAAAGUUGAAAAUGAUAAAACAGAUGUUCUGAUAUAGCACACAUACUUAAUUCAACACAACAUUAACUAAAAAGACAUAAAAAGAGACAGAUUGGUGUAUGGGCAAGAUUUAUUUGACAGAUGAUAGGAAGCAUUAUUGUAAUAAAUUUAUGACUUACAUAUUUAAGUGUAAGAGUAAGUUUACAUUCUUCUGGCUAACAGGACAGCUAGAUUUCACUCAGACAUAUGCAUGUAUAAUUUAUUACUCAUCAUAUGUUUACAAUAUUAAAAUUCAUGAGCCCAGUUUUGUAGAAACUCAGUACAGCUGUUACAACACAUUUUUUUUUCUUUUCUCUCUCUCUCUCUUCCUUCUUAUUAUUUUUCUUGAAAUCUUGCCAGAACGUUUAGCUUUUUGAACAUCAAACUGGUUCAAAGGUUAGUGUGAGGCACUGUGGAGGGUGUUAAUGUUUAUUUCUGUCCUUUAAAAAAGUAACCAUUUUUCUGAAAUCACAAAUAUAUGAUGAUCCAACACAUCAUGUGUCUAACGUACGUUAGUUUAGAUAUUAGUCACUCAUGAAAUUGAUUUUUGGAACCUGAUUGAUGAUUCACUGAUUUGUUUUUGUUAAUGUUUGUGUGGCUGUGCAUGAGAUGUACUGUAUGUAGAAACAAACCAAAAUAGAUCUACAAUUACAGUGACAUUACCGGCAAAGGACGAUCGAAGGCAAGCUGUAAUGAACAAAUCUUGGGUUUUGAAAUGUUAAAGUCAUAUUUGUGAUUCUAAUUUGAAAACUGAAAGAGCAGCUGAAUGAAUCAUUUUAUAUAGGUUAAUGGAGGGGGAUGUGAAAAAUGAAAAAGACCUAGCAUGUAAAAAUGUGUAUGCCAUGCAUAAUUCAAAUAAAAUUAAUUUUAAUAAAUUUCGAUUGCAUUACGGUUUCAUGCAAAGCACACACAUUUAGAACUGCCUUAAUUCUUUAUGGCAUAGAUUCAGCAAGCUGCUGGAUAUAUUCCUCAGAGAUUUUAGUCCAUUUUGACACAAUAGCAUCACACACUUGCUGCAGAUUUGUCGGCUGCACAUCCAUGAUGUGAAUCCUCCAUUCCACCACAUCCCAAAGGUGCUCAACUGGAUUGAGAUCUGGUGACUAUGGAGGCCAUUUCAGUUUAGUGAACUCACUGUCAUGUUCAAGAAACCAGUUUGAGAUGAUUUUGAGCUUUAUGACAUGGCGCAUUGUCCUGCUGAAUGUAAGGUAAAAGAUGUGUACACUGUGGUCAUAAAGGGAUGGCCAUGGUCAGCAACAUUACUUAGGUAGGCUGUGGCAUUUAAACUAUGCUCAAUUGGUACUAAGGGACUCAAAGUGCGGCAAGAAAAUAUCCCCAAACCAUUAAACCACCAACAGCAGCCUGAACCGCUGAUACAAGUCAGGAUGGAUUCAUUCUUUCAUGUUGUUUAUGCCAAAACGCUGACCAUACCAUCUAAAUGUCGCAGCAGCAAUCUUCUAUUGUCCAAUUUUGGUGAGCCUGUGGGAAUUGUAGUUUUUUAAAGAAGUCUCUAAUGCUCACCAAAGCUGCAUUUAUUUAUUUAUAUAGUACAUGGGGAACAGGACUGUAAAAUAGUGCUACCAAAGUAUUUCAUUGUUUGAUACUGAAAAGGCUCUAUAUAUUGACUUUGCAAGCCUCAAAAAACUAUUUAUGUAAUCUGUUUCUGUCAUUCAGGGAUAUGCGCAUCCUGUCGGAGAGUCCUGUGUGCAGUUUUCAUAUACCCCUGAGUACACGAGUAAAUGUUCCACCAAGUUCUGAUACAAUAAGUUAAGUAACAAUAAGUAAUACAUAAUGCUUUCCAAAAAAGUUGUCACUUCAUUGUUGUGACAGAGCUAAGGCCAGGACUGUAACUGUGGCAAGAGUUACGUAGAGCUGGGAGUCUUCAGCUGUCCAAGCUAUGAAUAUUCAAAGCAGUACGGGAUAUUUUCAAUAUCAUUACGCUGAUUACAUUUAUAUGUUGUAAAUACAGCUGUUACUCAACUUGUAAUUGGAUUGUAAAAAAAAUUGAUUGAUCUUGCGAAACAAUCUGUCGUCACGCAAUGCAACCCUUUGCAAGGUCUGCAAACAUCCUCCUCCCAUCCUGUGGAUUAAAUCAAAGCGUUUCAUUGUCCUCAUCUCAGUUAAUCGGUAAGCCUUCAAAGGUGGUAAAUGCGGACCUGAAGAAUGAGCGGCUGUAGAAGGGCCCCUUACAGUCUAUGAAGCAAAACCAGGCCCCUUACAGUGGCUUUGAGGAUCACAACUGAGAAGAUCAUGGACGUCUCGAGUCCCAGAACUGACGCUCUGUCAAUGGAACCCAGUGCCAAGCUGUUUUGCUGUGGUUUUGUAAGGCGUUGCAUCCCUCUGGUAUACAGAGAAGAGCUCUACCACAUCCUGCGCAUGACUGGACCCCUGCUUGUGUGCCGGUUCCUGAAUUUCCUCCUUUUCUUUGUGGUGACAAUGUUCUGUGGACGUCUGGGGAACACUGUCCUAGCGGGCUACGCCAUGGCCUCAGCUACUAUAAAUGUAACAGCUGCAGCGACGGGGUUGGGACUUGCUUUGGCAUGCGACACUUUGGUAUCACAGACAUUCGGGAGUAAGAACCUUUUCCGUGUAGGCAUCAUCCUACAGAGAGGCAUCCUAAUUCUGACGCUCUUCAGUUUGCCCUGUUGGGCUUUGCUUUUGAACACCCAGCCCCUCCUCCUCUAUCUGGGACAGGACCCCGAGGUGGCCAGGAUUGCACAGCUCUAUGUAGUUGCAUAUUUGCCUGCAAUUCCGGCCAUGUUUCUGUAUCAGCUGCAACUCUCAUAUCUUCAGAACCAGGGAGUGAUCAAGCCUCAGAUGUAUGCAUCUGCAGUUGCCAAUAUUGCCAAUUUGAUAGUGAACUACUUUCUGCUGUACUGGUGGGAUUUUGGAGUUUAUGGGUCUGCUGCUGCAAAUACCUUUGCUCAGGUUUUUAAUUGUUUUGCCCUGUUUUGUUUCAUUCGCUGGCAGAGGCUCCAUGAAAAAACUUGGGGAGGUUGGUCUUCUGAGGCCCUGCAGGAAUGGGGUUCCUACAUGAAGCUGGCCAUCCCCAGCACACUGAUGACCUGUUUUGAAUGGUGGAUCUAUGAAGUUGGAGGCUUCCUGGCAGGAAUGCUGAGUGAGGUGGACCUGGCUGCUCAACACGUGGUUAUAAUGCUGGCAUACAUCAACUACAUGAUCCCAUUAGGAAUGCAAGGAGCAGCAUGUGUUCGUGUGGGAAACUCACUUGGCGCUGGGGAAACAGCUGCUGCCAUCCUUACCAGCAAGGUGUCCCUCAUUAGUUCAGCUGUUAUAGCAAUCAUCCAAGGUUUUAUCCUGGCCUCAACAAAAACAGUCAUUGGCUUCAUAUUCACUUCCGAUGAGACUAUAGCAGAGCUUGUGUCUCAGCUACUGAACAUCUACUGCCCUCUUCAGUUCUUUAAUGGAAUAUUGUGUGUUGGCAUGGGCAUUCUCCUUGGCACAGGGCAGCAGAAGAUAGCUGCUAUUGCUAACCUAUUUGGCUACUACUGCAUUGGACUCCCAUCCAGCAUUGUUCUGAUGUUCACGGCCAAGUUACAAGUUGCUGGCUUUUGGCUGGGCCUCCUCAUUGCAGUCUUUUUACUAGCGAUUUUUUUCGUCGUGGCCAUUUUCAAAUUAAACUGGAAGAAAAUGACAGAAGAGGCAAUUGAGCGUACAGGAAAGAGUGCAAAUGGAGCAGCAAAUGGAGCAGUGACCCCGGAGUUUUGUACAAACCAUCGCAACAGCUUCUACCAGGUGGUCCUAAAUACAGAGAAUGGGAAUGGAUACAUGGUCGUAAGCUCUCACGAUCAGGACGAGGGGCUCAACAGUACUGUGGCACAUGAAGAGCCAAACGUGACUCACGUGGAUCAAAAGCCCGUAGCUCUGCUCUCUUCCUCUCAGUUGAUCCUCAGGAGGGGUCUGACCACCCUCGCUGCUCUUCUCAUCCUAGCUGUAGGAAUAGCCAUCCAUCUCAUUGUGCCUUUACCUGAGAUAUCUUAUGGUGCGGGUGCAAAUUCUACUUUGGUCUCAAACUUUACCACAGCCACUCCUAUCUAUUCAACCAAUGUUAUUUGAAACCAGGACCUCAGAUAGAUUCACUGUGAACAUUUUAUAUCUGAAUGCUGUGAGAGGCAACAAAAAAUUUGAAUUGAAUUAGAAAAAUAGAGGCAUUUUUACAGUGGUCUGGGGCUGUAUAUUGUAGGCCUAGACAGAUGAUCAGAUUUUUAUCCUGAGUACAUUUGCUUUGUCCACAUCAUUAGGCCAAAUAGUAAGAAAAAUUGACCAGCUUAGCAGAAAAAAGGUCUGUUCCCCAGUGACACAGUCAUAUAAUCUCUUCAGUUGACAUUUCUAGUCAGGCGACUGCUGGAAAUACUACCAAAAAGAAGGUAUUCUACAAAGCCGCUGUCACAUACAGAAAGCUGUAUUAUUAAACAUGGUGGAACUGUGGGAACUUGAAGCAAAUGCCAAUUGCAUGUGGCUCCUUAGGAAUUCCUACCUAACACCAUGUUUACAACCGCUUGAGGGGCCGUUCACACAGAAUGUGCUUUUUUAUUUUAAAAAUGUGAGUUGCAGGGCAGUGGAAUGAAAUAAAAAGCAGAAAAAAAAGGCCUCGAGAUGCAUCUAUAAGAAUUUUUCUUUUAAUUUGAGUGCCACAUUUUUAGCCGUGUCACGCAUAAACUGCUACUUACAAAGAAUGUAUUUUUGCAUUCCACCGCAUUAUUUUUCAGUUGCUUUCUAUGUAAACAUGUGAUGUUUCGACAUGGCGUUCUAAAAAUGCAGCGAUUAAGUUAAAAAAAAAAAUCUCUAGACUUUGUGGGGGUUUUUUUUCAUUUAGGGGCCAUUCACACAGAACAGGCUUUUGCAUGUCGUGAGCAGCGGAAUGGACAAAAAAGCAAGGUCUCGAGAACGUCUUUUAACUUGAACGCUUCAUUUUUAGAACACAAGAUGCGAGAUGCGAACACAACAGUCAAAGACAUUUGUCUAGUGCUAGUUUCAUAGAAGAACAAAGAAAUGCAGCAUAGUGGAAUACAAAAAUGUGUUCACGAUUAAUCGCAUACAAAAUAAAAGUUUGAGUUUGCCUAAUAUA